GCAUCUUAGAAGAGAGUAUAAAUCGGGGGAUACUUCCUAGAAAUUUCUUGAGUCGCGACCCAAGUGCGUCUUCAAGAACAUCUUUAAUGUGAAUUUGCGGUGAUUGCAAUUCGGUAUUACACUUUAAGACCUUUGCCGUUCUCUGGAUAGGUGUCACCAUGUCGGUCAUGGGAGAGCCCAAUGUUGCUAAUUGGGCUGCCCAAAGGGCAUCCGGCUUUGGAGGCAAUAUGACGGUCGUGGACAAAGUGCCACCUGACAUGUUGCAUCUUGUUGACGCCUAUUGGUACCAGUUCGCUCCAAUGAACCCGCUAUGGCACGGUAUCCUCGGCUUCACGAUCGGAGUCUUGGGUUUCAUCUCCGUGGUAGGCAAUGGCAUGGUCGUCUACAUCUUCCUCAGCACUAAACCGCUUCGGACACCUUCCAAUCUGCUAGUUGUCAAUUUGGCCUUCUCCGACUUCCUGAUGAUGUUCACCAUGUCGCCGUCUAUGGUUAUCAAUUGCUACCAUGAAACGUGGGUCCUAGGUCCGCUAUUCUGUGAACUAUACGGGAUGUUCGGUUCGUUAUUUGGAUGCGGUUCCAUUUGGACGAUGGUCUUCAUAGCGCUGGACAGGUACAAUGUUAUCGUGAAAGGUCUCAGUGCCAAACCUCUCACUAAAAAAACUGCCAUGCUAAGAAUACUCUUCAUCUGGGUAUUCUCUGUCGGAUGGACCAUCGCCCCAAUGUUUGGCUGGAACAGAUACGUCCCAGAAGGCAACAUGACGGCAUGUGGAACAGACUAUUUGAACAAGGACCCAAUCAGCAGAAGCUAUAUCGUCGUCUACGCAAUGUUCGUAUACUUCAUACCGUUGUUCACCAUCAUCUACGCAUACUUCUUCAUUGUGCAGGCGGUGGCCGCGCACGAGAAAAACAUGCGAGAACAGGCGAAAAAGAUGAACGUAGCCUCUCUGAGAUCUUCUGAGGCAGCUCAGACCAGCGCCGAAUGCAAACUGGCCAAAAUCGCCCUGAUGACCAUCUCGCUCUGGUUCAUGGCAUGGACUCCUUACUUGGUCACAAACUUCGCGGGCAUUUUCGGAAACGCCAAGAUCAGCCCACUGGCCACCAUCUGGUGCUCGCUCUUCGCUAAGGCUAACGCCGUGUACAACCCUAUUGUGUACGGCAUUAGCCAUCCAAAAUACAGGCAAGCGCUAGAGAAGAAAUUCCCGUCACUUGUCUGUGGAUCAGCAGGUGAUGACAGCGUGUCAACUGCGACUGCAGCCUCUUCCGCAGACGAAAAAUCGGUGACGGCUUAAAUGAUACAAACAACGACGAGAAAGGCGAAUGAAAAGUUGAGCAUCUUUUCACUGUUCUUCGCAGCGGUACGACGGAUAUUUUUUUACUACCGAUGUUUUAUUUUGUAUAUAUAUAGAGUUGUGAUAAUGUGUCCACGAUGUUGUGAAGUUUUUUGUUAACAAUAAACCCAGCAAGCAUGAUA